UCGGUUGGAAUUCAGAGAAGAGUGGAGAGGCGUCGCUGUUCAUUUGUCUCGCCGGUGGCUUUGUGGCGCUUUAAACAAUCCAACACUUGCCGUUCUCACGUCGCGCAUACCGUCAAAUCUAACACCAUGUUCCCGCUAGACUCUAGCUGGAACCUGUCGUUCGCCGGCUGCGGCUUCCUGGGGAUCUACCACAUGGGUGUGGCGAGCUGCCUCACCGAGAACGCGCCAGCCUUGAUCAGCGACGCCACCGCCGUCUACGGCUCCUCGGCUGGGGCGCUCGCCGCGGCCUCCAUCGUGUGCGGCGUCUGCCUGGGCAAGUGCUGCGCCGACUACAUCGAGAUCGCCAAGGAGGCGCGCAAGCAGCGACUGGGCCCGCUGCACCCGUCCUUCAAUUUGGUUAAGAGCUUGCGCCAGUCACUGGUGCGCAACCUCCCAGAGGAUGCCCACAUUCGCGCCACGGGGCGACUGUGCGUGUCGCUGACACGCGUCUCCGACGGGGAGAACGUCCUCGUGUCGCAGUUCCACUCCAAGGACGAUGUCAUACAGGCUCUCAUCUGCAGCGCGUUUGUGCCCGUCUACUGUGGUUUAAUCCCCCCGACUUUCCAAGGCGUGCGUUACGUGGACGGCGGCAUCUCGGAUAACCUUCCGACUUACGAGCUCAAGAACACCAUAACCGUGUCGCCUUUCUCUGGCGAGAGCGACAUCUGUCCACGUGACCCCUCGUCCAGCUUUCAUGAGCUGCGCGUCACCAACACCAGCAUCCAGUUCAACCUGGGAAACCUGUACCGCCUGUCGCGAGCACUCUUCCCACCCGAGCCUAAGAUCCUCAUAGAAAUGUGCAAGGAGGGCUACAGAGAUGCACUAAAGUUCCUGAAAGAAAAUCAUCUGCUGAUGAAAGCCCCUUAUCCCUCUGCUGGCCUUGGAGAGGGCAGCGAGGUCGACGGUCUCCAGGAAGAAUAUGACGAUGAGGACGACGAAGAUGACGAAGAUGACGAGGACGACGAGGAAGACGAGGACGACGAGGAGGAGGACGUAGAGGUGAAGGUGAACCCGGCGGAGGAGCGGCGCCGUAUGGCAGUGGAGCGCUACGCGCAGUCGUGCCGCGUGCUGGAGGACCGCAUCUGGGAGAGUCUGCCGCCCAAGAUCCACAAGGCCCUGCUGGAAGCCUGUGCGGAGAAGGGCGGGCUUCUCGCCUCGCUGUCCAACCUGCUCCCUGUGCGCCUCGCCUCCCUCAUGAUGAUGCCCUACAUCCUGCCACUCGAGUCCGCCAUCUCUUUCGCUGUCAGGCUGCUGGAGUGGCUUCCGGAUGUGCCCGAGGACUUCCGCUGGAUGCGAGAACAGACACAGCGCUUGGCGCAGUACCUCCUCUCCCGUGCCUCCAACCACUUCAGCAAUCACAUCUCUGCCAGAUUCAGCUGUUACGUGGAGCUGCGCAAAUGCUUCACCCUGCCCGACUCCUUCUACCACGACAUGCCGCUCUUCGAGUCUGAGAUCUAUCCACCGGAGAUGACAUCCGGUGGGGAUGGCUCCAGCUUUAACGGCGGCGGCGGUGGCCACCGCAUGUCUCUGCGCCGGCUCUCCACGGAGCCGUCCUUCAAUCACUGGUACGAGGAGAGCGCCAAUUUCGGUUUCAGCAUGAAUAUCCACGCCGGGAUCUUCCGCCAGGAUAGCGUCGCCAGCGGUUGCGGGAGCUGCUGCUGUGGCGGCGAAAGUAGGCGCGGCAGCUCUGCCAACUUGGUGACCGUGACGCGCUCGGCCUCGGCAGCAUCGCUGCUCACCUUGACGACGGCGGCUGAACUACGCUCGGAGCGGCUGGCCGGCAAGCAGCCGGGCCGCUUGGCGGGAAGUCGCCACGGCAAGUGGCUCCGUCGCCGCCGGUCCCUGGACGAGUCUGCGAGCGUGGGGGCGCUGGCGUUCCUGACUGAGCAAGAGGAGGACCCCGGAUUGGCCACCGCACGUGGCCAGUUUUACCUGGAAGGGGCGGUGGAGAGUGACAUAGAUGGAUUUUCCGAGGACGAGAUCGACUACGGUGCAAUUAACUUCUAGAAAAUGUCUGGGACCAAGUUGGAGAGGAGUCGUCGAUUAAAGCAAAUGCUCAGAAAUAGGUGUCGGGCUUUAACACGAGCGCGUUAGCACGUUAAGUGAUAACGCGUUACUGUAAACUGACGUGGUGAUUAGAAUGUUGGACUUAAAGUUUUGGGGUGGGGAUUUUUUUUUUAUGUUUUACGGACGAUGGUUGGCGAGUUUGUGUCUCGUCGGCUGUGCGGAGGAUAAUGUGCGAUGUUGGAUUUUUUUCAAAAAUAAGAUAUGGGGCAGAGCCACGAGUCGAGUAAAUGAGUAUUUCCUCAUAAGCAUCACCUGAUGUGCAUUGACAAAGUACGUGUCUGCACUUAACAAAGUUUAUGCUGUAUAAGCGAAGUGUAUUCACAAUUGUUAAAAUUUCAAUGUGGAAAAAACUAUUUAGUUUUAAGAAAAGCUACCUAUUUUCUUAUUAGUUCAUCUUUAUUGGCUGUGAUUUUAUGGUUUGGAAGACACUGACUGGUGGGCAAACAAUUAUACAUCAUACACAUUGUCCUUUUAAGUUUACCCUUAAUAUAACUGGGCUGUAGACUAUGGUCAUGGUGCACUACUGGGUGAGUGCAGAUUACGAGCAUGAAUAACCCAUGCAGCCAUGUGCUUGUCCCUCGACCGUAUAGUCGAGGUACAAUAACUUUUUUUGUUGAAUUACUCGGUAACUUGUAUCCAACCUGAUGUUUAUACAACCUAGAUAUUUUAAUUUAAAAUAUGAUAUCACUCUGUUAAUGCGUAUUAAGUGCUGUAGUUGUCGUAGUUUUGCCCUUGCGGAUUGCUUCCAGUGUUUUGUGUUUUUGUCAUGCCUAACAAUGCAAGUCAAUGGGGAGAACGUUUAUGACAUGUUUAUCAAUGCAAAUACACGUGAUGGCACUCGUGUGCUUUGGGCACAGCUGUGCAGUGCAUACUCAAGUUUGUAUAAUAAUUCGACUAAUUACCAUGCUGCAAAUUAUGUAUGGAAUUCCCAGACAAGCGUUUACACACAAUGUAUUAUGCCAAAGGGGUGUUUUGCGUGUGUGGCAUGCAAAGGUAUGCACGUGAUAAUCACAUUUGGUGGCUUUUUUCUGCGCACAAUUUAUGACAUUUUAAAACGAGGACCGUCUCGUGUGGUGUUUGGACAUGUUUGGUUGGUUAGCAGCCCCUUUGAGUUUUCAGAGUAAACAGUCGGCUCUGCUAUGGGAAGGACUCGAGGUUAUAGCGCAAGUUUUAAUGGCAACCUUGCAAGGUGUUUUCACGUAAAAGUCAAAGCUUUGUGUUUGGAAGUUGAAUUGAACGUGUUGUAAAAUUAAGUAAAUUUUCAUCAUUAUAAGGGAGGGUAAAUCACUGAAGAUGUACACUGCCAAGCAUGCACUCAAUUUGUCAAUUACAAGUGUCAAACAGAUCUUGACAAGUAAUUUUCACCAGGGAUGCAUUGGUUGAUCUCCAGUGGUCUAAGCUGUGGGACAGCAAAGUAGUUCUGUGAGCCAUGUUAGAUAAUCGGUGCUAUUUAGAGGGUGAAUGUUAUUGCCCUGACUUAGGGGCAAUUGUAUCUCUUCCUCUUUAUGGCAUUUACCAGACUUUGAGCAAUGACAGCAUGGUACAUGAAUAUAGCAUAGGUUUGAGGAUCACAUGCGUUGGUGGCGGGUGGGGGGGAGGAACUUUGUGCGCAUGCGGUUUUAAAUCGCGGCUCAAUGGAGCGCACGACUGUGGGAUGUUGCGAACGUAGCGUAAUCUUGUAAUGGUGCAUGAGCGCAUGCAAUGUGGUCAGAUGUAGUUUUCUCGAAUGGAUCAUUGGGACAAAAAAGAUUGGAAUUGUACCAUAAAGUCGACUUAUAAAUGGAAACAUUUUCAUAAUUCUGCUGCUAAACUCUAUAACCAAAGAAAUGUAAUGUAUGUGCAGUUGUAUUUUUGAUGGCCAUUUCGCUAUUACAAUAUUUCUUUGGAUUAGAAGAUCAGGCCACCACUGCUUUGCUGCUGUGCCAAUGUACCAACUCAGAAUAAUGCACAAUAAAAUAUAUCUUAAGAGUUUAAGUUGAUCACUACCACAGCUAGCAUGGGGCAAUGGAACAUGUGGGUCAAAUAUAGUGCAGUCCAAAGUUCCGUAUCUCAGUAAUUUAACUAUCUGCAGAAACAUUACACUGGCCUCGGAAACUCAACAAAAAAAUCCGAAAACUGUUCAUGUUAUACAUUGAUUUGAAAUGUAGAAAACUUGACCUUUACCGUAUCUCAGUGUAAUGUUUAACCGUUUAACAUUGCGACGUGUUUCAAAUGAGAAUGAAUUCAUUUGCUCAUGCGUAUGUUGUGGUUGAAGCGUGGCUUAUAAUUUAAGACCAAUCUGCUACAAAUGUUCGAUGGCAUUCAGUUGUUCCACUGUAGAAAAUGUGUUUAUAUAUGAGAUUGUGCCACACUUAUGUACCAUGCAAACAAUUUAAGUAGUGCAUAAAAAGUAAAGUUACGUCUUUUCCCCACUGGAAAACAUUAUUUAAUCAAGGUUAAAAUAUAAUAUUCUUUGGCUCUUUCGGUAAAGCCACUUAUAUAGAAAAAUUAUAAAAAAAUAUAUCACGUUUCGAUCGCAACACAAGCAAUCGUCUUCAGGUGAAGACGAUUGCUUGUGGCUUUAUCGAAAGACACAUAGAAUGUAUUCCUGCAGUCACGAAAGCUUUAAGUCGAGAUUUAAAAUAUAAUUUUAAUUAGAUUACUAUGACCUUUUUAUUAAAGGCAUACGAUAUGAUAUAUCGCGUAAUAAGGGCAUUGUGUGGAAUUUAAUAAGCUUCCCACGAAGCAAACCAGUUAAGUGUCACUUUGGAGUUGAAUGUUUAAUUUCUCAUUUGAUUGCUGCCCAACAAUUGCUCAACUUUCAGUUAAUUCCCUGGGGUGGUGGGGUUGAGCUGACUGCACGUGUCACUGCCAGGCGUAUGCCUCUCGUUUUCAAUGUUGCUCUAUUCACACGCGUUUAAAGACGUUCCUGUUAAGUUUAACCUAUUUUCACGUUCAUUUCAAUAAGUUACCUCCUUGGUUUCGAUUUCACUUUAACGUAUGAACACGUAAAUGCGUGCACUAUAAUAUUAAAUGUCAUUAAUAAAUACGUAUAACACAC